AUGUCCUUCCCGACCGAGAAGAAGUACCUCAAGGUCACACUCUGCCUCAAAAAACGUGAUGACCUCACAAACGAGCAGUUCAGCGAGUACUGGCGAACAACUCACGCAGACCUUGCCUUGAGCAAUAAGACAUUCAUGGACAAAGUCAGGCGGUACAACCAACACCAUGCCACACCCGAGAUGAAAGAGGUCGCCCGCUCAUGGGGGAAUCCAACUCUUGAUUUCGAUGGAAUCGCCGAGGUAUGGGUUGACGAUCUGGAAGCCUGGCAGGAGAUCUCUGCGGACCAGGACUUUUUGGACAAGAUAUUGCCUGAUGAGAAGCAGUUUCUCAAGCAUCCUAUCACGAUCAUGCUGGGAUAUGACAAUACGGUGAUUGGUGAUAGAGCGCCCCGAUAG